AUGCCGGGCACCACGAACUUCCUGGGCGGCUUCGUCGCGGGGACUAAGUUCAUGAUGGCCGAUGGCGAGCAACGCGCAAUCGAAAAUAUCUCCGUGGGUGAUAAGCUAAUGAAAGAUGAUGGAACAGCUGUUGAGAUAAUUGCUGUGCCCUGUCAAGUCACCGAUACAGUGAAAAUUCGCCAAGCCAGUAACCAUACUGCUCAUCUGAAAGAUCCGACCCGUUCACCUCCUUGUGGACUCUUUGAGUUUGCAUGUGCAUCGCGUCAAUCACUGAAAUUUGCAACUUUUCAAGUCAAGAAGGACUCUCGUCGGAGUAACGGUAAUAGGGUUAUUGGAAUUCACCAAAUGGCGGUUGGAAAAACCAAAGAUGGUCGGGAAAUCGCUUUAGUCAAAAACAAAGACAAGAUUUUCAGGCAUGAUGGUGACGACUACGCAGCAAAUAAGUAUAUUGCUGAAACAAUGGCUCCAUACCCAGAUAAGUUGAUAUUUUGGGAUUGCGAAGUGGGUGAUUUGGAGUGCUUGACGGCAGCACCAAGAACUUCGACCGGUUUGAGCUUCUACCCGAUUUAUUUUGAAAAUCCUGUUUUACUAUCUUGGUUAGAAAACCAUUUCGAGCGGGCGGUAACAAUGAAAGCAUUGGAAGGUAUGGCGUGGUUACUUGGAUUUUGGGUUGGUAAUGGUUACAAAAGAGGUCCAAUUUUUGCAUUACAUUCUGAGGAUCACGAUAUUAGUGGCCGCCUCAAAAGGAAUGCUAAAUUGUGGGGUAUGGAAUUGGUAAUUAAAAAGGUAGGUCCAAGUGGUGGCAAGAACGCCACAGGAUACUUGCACACUUACAGCGGAACGGUGCGUAACUUAUACCAAAAGAGUCCAAUUUGUGAGGUACUAUCGGGGUUAAAGUUUUGGGAAAAUGGACGUAGGGGAGAGGCGAAAAGAGUGCCGAAAUUCUUGAGUACUGACCAAAAAAUUGUUCGAGAAGCUUUUUUAGCCGGUCUCAUCGAUGCCGAUGGCAGCACGCGGAUUCAGGAUAACUUGAUAAGAGCGAAAAUCGUGACAGUACUACCUCCGGUUCGUGAUGCAAUAAACGCCAUAGCGCGCUCACUAGGUUUGAAUGUUACGGUUUAUUUUUACCAUGAAAGAAUGCACAAACUGGGAUACCACGAAAGUGAUGCUUGGACUUUCAACCUCUUUGGAGGGACUAAUCAAGAGACUUUGCAGUCUAUUUUAAACCGGUGCUCCUGUGAAAGGAAAAGAAAUCCACCAAUCCAAAAAGAUCGCAAUGAGGAUGUAGAGGAAUUUGAAGAUCAGGAAGGUCAGAAGUCCGCUGGUAUAAAUGAUAUGCUGUCCGAAGAGGAUUACAACAAUCCGGAUGACUCCAGUGUGGUAUCGGACGAUGAAGAAACUGCUUUAUUUGAAAUUGACGCCGUAGACACCUACUUUGAGAAGCAUCAAGGGUUCAAUGAUGAAGACAUAAAUUUGAAUCCUAACAGGUUUAGAUUCAUUAUGGAAAGUAAUGGUGAGCAGGAAGUAUUUGGUUUGGUGUGCUCUGAUGAAUGCAAACUAUUAAUGUCUGACCAAAUUGUUGUAGGAAGCUCGAAGUUAAUAGGGGGAAAUGAUCGUGGUCAGGCAAAUGCCGUUACAGGUUGCGUAUCAUGUAAAACUACACGUACGACCCAUUGGUAUCGUUUGCCAUGGGAUAGGUCGACGUAUCGCCGUAUCUGCGAGCAAUGCAAACGCAGCUUGCGGAGCUUGUCAUUGAAAUGCUACAAAAACGACUGCGAUCACAUUUUGAAGCAUGCUCAACUCGCUUCAUUCAGAAGAUCAAGGAUUGCCAAAGUUAGGAGACAAAUCGCGGGAAGUCAAGUCGCAGAAGGAUACCCUUGCCUGAAAUGCAGAGAUGGGAUCUACGUCAAGAUAAGUAAAGACGAUUAG